AUGGAGCUCUUCUCGGAGAUAAGCACAUCCUCCCUUGCAAUUGCAUCUGCCCUCUCUGUGGCGGCAGGUGCAUACCUCAAUGCCAAAUAUUCCAUUGCCAGUGAUGUCGCAGCGCUGUACAAAGACAGAUCAUGGACAAAUCGUUUGGGUCAACGCAUUGCGCAGCUGGGCGAUACGGCCACCAUCUACAAGAUGCUCGAACGGGUAGUCGAAGUAGAAGGUCACGGCGCAGACGAGGCACUCUGGUUUGAGAAUAAGACAUGGACAUAUGCACAAUUAAAGGAUUUGGUUGAUCGAUUCGCUGCUCUUCUUCACGCCAGAAGUAUAGGCCCGGGAGAUUUCGUGGGCGUCUUCACCACCAAUUCUCCGGAGAUGGUCGUGACCAUCUACGCACUCUCGAAACUCGGGGCUGUUGCCGCUCUCAUCAACACAAACCUUCGCGACGACACCUUCACUCACUGCCUCAGUGUCUCCGGCAGCAAGUUCAUUAUCUCAACACCCGAUUUGUCGCAACAUGUCUGUUCGGAUUUGCCACAUCUCGCCUUCAACCUGACAUCCUUCGAAGGGGUUUCUUCCGGUACAGCGCAACUAAUCACAUCAGCGGACCUGCAGCAAUUUUCACCCACGGGGCUGUCUGCUGCUAAGAGAUCUCCUAGUGACCUGAGCGCACUCAUCUACACCUCGGGCACCACGGGCAAGCCCAAAGCUUGCGCUAUUCGCAACAUGAUGGGGCUAAUUACAUCUAACCCCCAGACGGUUGACAUCAACAACCGCUCCAAGUACUACCCUCUGCGGACAUACUCCUCCCUUCCCCUCUUCCAUGGAACGGCUUACUUCACUGGUAUCUGUUACUCCGUUGGAAACGCCGGUACGCUCUGUCUCCGGCGAAAGUUCUCCGCGUCGCAAUUCUGGAAGGACGUGCAUGAUUCGCGAGCGACACGCAUACUAUACAUUGGUGAGCUCUGUCGGUAUCUCCUAUCGACACCCCCUUCCCCCUACGAUCGCAACCAUGCCUGUAUAGUCGCCAACGGCAAUGGCUUGCGGGGCGAGAUUUGGGAGCGUUUCCGACAACGCUUCGGCGUGCCUGAGAUCCGCGAAUUCUAUAGAUCCACCGAAGGAGUGGCCAAGUUUGAUAACUUUGGAGAGGGCGCGUGGGCCGCCGGCAAGGUUGGACAUUCGGGCUUCAUCAAGCGUAUGAUGGAAAACGAUACCUAUAUUGUCAAAUAUGACACGGAAACGGAAAUGCCCUACCGGGAUCCAAAGACAGGCUUCUGCGUGAAAUCCAGGCUCGGCGAAGAAGGAGAGGCGAUCGGGCGGGUGAAGAGCCGCGGCCUCCUCACCGAAUACCUCCACAACGAUGAAGCCACAGAGAAGAAGUUGCUACGCGAUGUCUUCAAGAAAGGGGAUCUGUUCCAACGCACCGGAGAUCUGGUGGUUCGGGAUCACGACGGCUGGGUCAGGUUCCAGGACCGCGUGGGUGACACGUUUCGUUGGAAGGGCGAGAACGUGAGUGCGGGCGAGAUUCGAGAUCACAUCUGCCGGCUUCCGGCCAUUCACGAUGCCGUGGUAUACGGUGUGAAGUUGAGCGCGUAUGACGGCCAGGCUGGUGCUGCAGGUAUCACCCUCGAGGAUGCUUCACCCGCCACCGAGACCGAAGUCAUGGCCAACCUCUAUCCCGAGUUGAAGAAGAGGGGAGUGCCGUCUUAUGCUUUUCCUCGGCUAAUUCGACUCACACAGAAGGUGGAAACCGGAGUUACGUUCAAGCAAGCCAAAGGAGCUCUGACCAAGAAGGGAUGGGACCCACGGACGGACUGGGACGGUGACAAGCUGUACUGGCUGGAUGGCACACAGUACAAGAAGCUCGAUGAGAAGAGCUGGGCCACUAUAGAAAGUGGACAAGCCAAGCUGUGAUGAGUGCAUGGGGCAAGAAGAGGCAGUCAAUUUUCUUUUUCU